UGUACAUGCAAAAAUUGGGAAACCCAUGAGCGGGUAAGCGUCUAUUGCAAUGGGAGAUGUCAAUGGUGCUGAAUAUGUCUCAGUUGGAGAAGUACAUUCCCCUAGAAGAGAUAGUAAUGUCAAAAAAGUGUCAGUCCUGCUUCUGGUUUUUCUGAUAUUCUAUGAGGUUUCCGGAGGCCCAUUUGGCAUUGAGAACAGCGUUGGGGCGGCCGGUCCGCUUCUAGCUCUUGCUGGGUUUUUAGUAUUCCCAAUAGUAUGGAGCAUCCCAGGGGCCUUAAUAACUGCUGAGAUGGGCACCACAUUCCCGGAGAAUAGUGGUUGUAUAGUUUGGAUGUCCUCUGCUUUGGGACCCUUUUGGGGGUUUCAACAAGGUUGGAUGAAAUGGGUGAGUGGUGUUAUAGAUAAUGCUUUGUACCCUAUUCUGUUUCUGGACUAUUUGAAGUCGGCGUUCCCGGUUUUAGGUGGUGGUGUACCGAGAAUCAUAGCAGUGCUAGUUUUUACAGUUGUCCUUACUUACAUGAGCUAUAGGGGUUUAAACGUCGUGGGAUGGCUCGAUGUUGUCUUGGGGGAUUUUUCCAUCCUUCCUUUUGUGGUCAUGGGACUUUUGGGAAUCCCCAAGGUGGAGCCUUCAAGAUGGUUAGAGGUGGAUCUUCACAAUGUGGAUUGGAACUUGUAUCUGAAUACAUUGUUUUGGAAUCUGAACUAUUGGGAUUCUAUAAGUACACUUGCGGGAGAAGUAGAUAACCCAAAGAAAAUUCUGCCAAAGUCUUUGUUUAUUGCUUUGGUCUUGGUGGUUCUAGCCUACUUCUUUCCACUCUUAAUUGGUACUGGGGCUGUUCCGGUCAAUCGAGAAUUAUGGACUGAUGGGUACUUCUCGGAUAUUGCUAAAAUCCUUGGGGGAGUUUGGUUGAGAUGGUGGAUUCAAGUUGCUGCAGCAAUGUCAAAUAUGGGGAUGUUUGUGGCUACUCUGAGCAGCGACUCUUUUCAACUUCUCGGAAUGGCAGAACGAGGGAUGCUUCCCGCGUACUUUGCUCAGAGGUCCCGUCACGGAACCCCGCUGAUGGGCAUUUUGUUUUCGGCUUCUGGCAUUCUAUUGCUAUGUUGGUUGAGCUUUCAAGAGAUUGUAGCUGCUGAAAACUUCUUGCACUGCUUUGGAAUGAUUUUGGAGUUCAUAGCAUUUGUGCGGUUAAGGGUGAAACGCCCAACUGCUGCUCGGCCGUACAAGAUACCCGUGGGAACUGUCGGAGCCAUUGUGAUGUGUAUUCCUUCAACCAUUUUUAUUUGUAUUGUCUUGGUUCUCUCUUCAGUCAAGGUCCUUGUGAUCAGCAUGGGUGUUAUAGCGAUCGGCUUUAUGAUCAACCCUUUGCUCAAACAUGUUGAGAAAAAGGGGUUGAUGAAGUUCUCUACCAGCACUGACCUCCCAGAUAUAGAUGGUGCUCAUGAGGAAAAUAACUCCUUAAUAGAGGAGCGAGUCCUUGGAACGUGAAAAUGUGAUAUCGCCGGAAUACGGUGUCACUUGCCCCUGGCAGAAAUCUUGACUGCUUCAUUUUUUAUGUGAUCAAGUUAGUAUCCAUGGUAAACCAGUAUGAGUGAGCUUGUAGGAUGAUGAAGCUUUUUGUUUAUCUUAGCCUUUUUACAUUGAUGAUAAAUGGAAGUAUUUGGACA